AUGUCGGAUUCAGAGUCGCUCAGAGAGCUGGAAGACGAAAUGGAUGACUAUUUAGGCCGUUACCGCGAGCAACGGAUGGAGCAGCUGGCAAAGGAGAUAGAGCACGCGAAGCGCAGCGAGGACGCGUACCAGGAGGUCCAUGACGAGGGAGAGCUGAUGCGCAAGACACUCUCCACCCAGACCGUGGUGAUUCUUUUCCAUAACCCCGAAUUCCAGACAUGUCAGAUGGUCGACAGCGCUCUCAGAGAGAUAGCUUCCAGAUACUACGAUACACAGUUUUACAAGAUUAAAGCCACAGAGGCGCCCUUUCUCGCUGUUAAAUUGCAAAUUAAUGUUUUGCCCUGCAUCGUGGUAUACCGCGACGGCAAGGAAAUCCAGAGAGUGGUAGGACUGGAAAGUCUCAUUGAUGGAACAGACAUCGGCACUUUCACAACCCAGAGGCUGGAAAAGUAUUUCCUCAAAUGCCACGUCGUCAAGCCGAGGAUGCUGGACAUGAAGCAGUGA